AUGCUUUUCCACAGUGGUGUGCAUACAACAAAUAAAAGAACUCUAGAAAAAACGUUCGAAAAAGCCAUCACCAUUUCGUCGAUUGCGAUUAAACGCAGGCCAACGCUGCCGCAAACGCCAGCGAGUGCCCCACAGGUGUUGUCACCAAAGCGACAGUGUGCAGCAGUAUCUGUCAUUCCACAACUGCCUCCACAAGUUCAAUUCGCUUCGCCGGCAACAGCAGCAGCAGCUGCCGCAGCCGUAGCACUAAGUUCAGCUGCCAAGGUAGCCGCCGCCGGUGGUGGUCAUCAAUUAUUUAAUCCGGCUGCCGUGGCCGCCCAUCAUCCACAUCCACAACACCACCAUCCACAUCAUCCUUCGGCAGCAACACAUCAUCACCAGCAACAACAGAGGGCUGCUGCCGCCGUUGCCGCUGCUGCUGCUGCACAGCAACUCCAUCCAAUUUUGAAUCAAUCACUGCAUCAUCAAUUCCAACAGCAUCACCAUCAUCAACAGCAACAACAUCAACAACAACAGCAACAACAAGCAGUAGCUGUUGCAGCAGCAGCUGCUGUCCAGCAACAAAUUCAGCAAGCAGCAUUGCGUCAUCAUCAUCACUUACAACAGCAACAUCAACAACAGCAACAACAACACCAUCACCAUCAACAACAAUUGCAGCAUCAUCAUCAGCAACAACUGUCACACCAACAGCAUCAACAACAGCAACAUCAACAACAACAACAACAACAACAACAACAACAGCAAACAUCGCAGGCAUCAGUUACAGCAAUUAAAUUUACUUCAAGUAUCAUAAACAAUAACAUCAACAACAACAACAACACCAAUAGUAUAAGCAAACAAAACUCACCAAUUGUAUCAUCAACAACAAAUAUAAUCAAUACCAACAACAACUCAAGUAACUGUCUUGUAACAACUUCGGUGGGAACAACAACUGUUAGUGAAUCAUCAAUAUCACCAGAAGGAAAUUCAAGUAACAGUGAUAAUAGUAACUCACCAAUUGAAAGUACAACACCGACAAAUACGAAUUCGAACAACAGUAACUUCAACAACAACAACACCAGCAAUAACAAUAUGGAAAAUUCAAUGGCAUUAGCACCCCUAGGUCUGUCGCAGAGCAUGGAUUCGGUGAACACAGCCAGCAAUGAAGAAGAGGUUCGAACGCUUUUUGUGAGUGGAUUACCAAUGGAUGCUAAGCCUAGAGAGUUAUAUCUGUUAUUCAGAGCUUAUGAGGGUUAUGAAGGAUCUUUGUUAAAAGUAACCAGCAAAAAUGGAAAAACUGCAUCGCCAGUUGGUUUUGUGACAUUCCAUACAAGAGCCGGAGCUGAAGCAGCUAAGCAGGACUUACAGCAGGGUGUACGCUUCGAUCCCGAUAUGCCCCAAACAAUUCGCUUGGAAUUCGCCAAGAGUAACACGAAAGUGAGCAAACCCAAACCACAGCCCAAUACAGCGACAACAGCCUCACAUCCUGCAUUGAUGCACCCACUCACUGGACACUUGGGUGGACCAUUCUUUCCCGGUGGACCGGAGCUAUGGCAUCACCCAUUAGCGUAUUCAGCUGCAGCGGCUGAUUUACCUGGAGCUGCAGCUUUGCAGCAUGCAACAUUAGUCCAUCCGGCUCUGCACCCUCAAGUGCCGACCCAAAUGGCUAUGCCGCCCCAUCAUACAACAGCAAUACACCCAGCCUCAAUGCACAUGUCAGCUGGUCUACCGCAUGGUGCAACCGCUGCUGGGCAUCAUUUUUUAUCCAGUCCCGCUUUGGCCAGCCCUGUUGGCUCGGGCGGUAACAAUCAUUCAUCUAAUCCUCCAAUGGCUGCAAAUGCCCCAUGUUCAACGUUGUUUGUUGCAAAUCUUGGACAAUUUGUCUCCGAACACGAACUCAAAGAAGUUUUUUCAAGUAUGCCUGGCUUUUGUCGCCUCCGAAUGCACACAAAAGGUAACAAUCCUGUAGCAUUUAUUGAAUUCAAUGAUGCAGCAAGUGCAAGUGCUGCCAUGAACCAACUUCAAGGUAAAUAUCUUCUAUCAUCAGACCGUGGAUCCAUACGUAUUGAGUAUGCCAAAACCAAAAUGGUCACAGAUAAUAUGACGGCUUCUGGACAACCACAAGCCGUUGCAGUUGCAGCAGCAGCAGCAGCAGCAUCAGCAACAGCAAACGUAUCAGCUGUCAAUGUCAAUGUCAACAAUGUCAAUGUCAUGCCACGCAUGAAUAAUGUGACAGUUAAUCCUGCAACAAUGGCAGUAUUUAAUCCAAACGAAUGCCAUCGUCAAUACAUCAACGAGGAGCGGGUAUGGAAUCAAGGCAUGAUUUACUCAGUAAAAAGGCAGAACGUGAGCUUCAUCAUCAAUUUUUAAUGGCAGCACCAACUUGACCCGUUUCAACGUCGUCAAAUACAUCAACAACAGCAAUAUUUCCAGGAGCGGCGGGACCAGGAGGAGGAUUGUACUCUUAUUUACUACCAACAGCAUCACAUGUUGCGGCAUAGCAUAUUUGUUUCCCAACUUAAAAGCAGACAAAUCUGAAUUUAAUUUUUCUAUAAUUUUUUUUUCUAACUAUGCGCGCAAAAAUAUACAUAAAUAUUUAUGUAUAAUCAACAAAAAACAAUUAAUUCAUAAUAAUACAACAAAUUCAUCAGCGGCUAUAGCAGACAUUUCAUGCAUAGGAAAAGGAUAACUGCUUACAAAAAUUAAAUUCAAAGAAAUUUAAUACAAAAAUAAAACCUAUUCAGCUUAAGUUUAAAAAUUUAAUUUUGAAACGAAACCAAGAUCUACACAUAAAAUUAUUAUUAUUAAAAAAACAAAAUGUUUAAACAAAAAAGAAAGAAAUUUAAAAUAAUAAAUUGCAUAGUUCUUAUGACUGUGAAUAUUAUUGUGAAAAAUAUAAUUAAAUAAUAUAUAUAUAUAUUAUUAUAAAUAUUAGGAUAUUAGAAAAAAAAUAAUAACGCUAAUAUUUAAUCUAACAAAACAAAAUGAAAAAGGAACAAAUUAAGAAUCCUAAAAAAAUUAUCUUACAGGAACUUUUUCUAGAAUUUAUAAUAAUUUACAAGUGACGUUAGUGCAAUUCAGCUUUUAAUUUUAUAAGUUUAAAACAUUAAAUUUUCUUAAAAUACAACAUUUUGACCAAAAUUUAUAUAAGUAUACAUCAAUAUAUAUUUUUCUUUUAAAUUUCUUAUACUCACUUGAGCUGAAUAAGUCAAUUGGAACAAAAACAAAAAAACAUUCUAUUCUCUGUGCAUUUGUUAAUCAAUCGGCAUAAUUUAUUUAAAUUCAGCUCAAUUAAUUAUUUUUUGUUUAAUUUACUUUCAUUUAUAUACUUCAUAGGCUGAAUUGUAGUUUUUAAAACAUUUGUUUUUAUUUUGUAACAAAACUAUUUGAUAUAUACAAGAAUAUAUAUAUAUAUAUUUAAAGAAAAUAUUUAAAUAAAAUAUAUAUAAAUAUAGCUUAACCGAAUGUGCCCUUUACAUAGCUCUCUUUCUAGAUUUAUAAAAAUACAAAAAUUUAAAUUAAAAAAAAAAUAAAACAAAAAAUAAAUUAAUAAAUAAAUAAAAUAAGAAACAAAAAAAGAUUAGGUUAAAACUUGUAUAAUUUCUAUAUAAUCGUAUAAAGUUUCUUGUAAAAUGUCAAACAGAAAAAAGAAAAACAAAAACAAAAAAUUCUGGAUAAACAACGAUAAAUUUUUGUUUUCUUUUGCAGAUUUAUUAAAUUACAAAGAAGUUAAUUAUUAUAAGAAAUUAUAAAAAAAAUAAUAUUAUAUAGAAUAAUGCAACGCAGAAUAGGAAAUAAAUUUAACAAAAUUAAAUUUUACCAAAAAAAAAAAAUAAAAGAAUAACAGUGAAUGAAAGUUAAAGAAGAACUUAAGGGUUUCACAUUUAUUAUUAUCAAACAUAAAGUUUAAAAGAAAAAAUUAAGCAUUGUAAUAAUUUUAAGCAAACAAAAAACUAUAAUUUUCAUGCUUAAGUGAAAAAUUAAAAUGUAAUUCUAUUCCUGGCUUUUAAAAUAGAAAUUAUUAUAAAAAUUUAAACAAAACAAAAAUAGUUAAAAAUGCUUAAUAGGAACAAAAACUAUUUUCCUCCUCUUGAUCGAACAACUAAAAAAACUGUUUUCCGCCCACAGUAAAAAUUAUAAAAAAUAUAUAAAAUGGCAAAUGACAAACUAAAAAACAAAAACAAAAAACUAUAACUAAAACAACUUAUACUGAUAAAAAGUAUAUUCUAAAAUGACAAAAACAAAAAAACAAUGAAACAUCUUAAAAGCAACCACACUUAAUGCAAGAACAAUCAAUUUUGUACUUGGAAAAACAAACAAACAAACAAACAAACAAACUAAAAGCAAAGAGAAACUGAAACCCAAAAAACAAGAAAUAAAAAAAUGAAUUACAUCAUUUACAUAUCAUAUUUCGUAGAAAUUUGUGGACAGAAACAGAGAGAAAACAUAAAUAUAUACAUAUUAUUAUAUCUAGGUAUACAAAACAAAAAACAGUUAUGUUUUAUUUAAAACAUAUUUAAAAACAAAACAAAAAAAAAACUACUUGAAGCGAAUAAAAACAUUAGAAUUAUUAUAAAAGUUAUGUUUUAAGAAAAAAAAAAAUGUUUUAAGUUGUGUUAUGUUUUAGAAAGGCUCGUCAUGUGGGAUGUAAGUCAAAAUAAGGGAUUUGAAGACUCUAGAAUCCUUUAAAAAAUGUAUUUAAAAAUACUUAAAAAUUAUUAAAGUUCCAACCUCAUUCUCAUUUUUACAACACUGGCAUCACUUUUUUUAAAUAAAAAUUAGCUGUGAAAAGUUUUCAAUGGCACUACAUAUGUCACUUUGCUGUCACUUUUAUUUCUAUUCAUAUCCUAAUCGAAAUACGUUUUUGAAUUAGAAAUUCGAAGGCUUUAGAAAUAUUUUGUACACUUUAAAAUGUCCUGAAUCAGAAAAAAAGCCCUGUAUCCUUUGUUUCUCAAAAAAAACUUAAAAAUUAUUAAAGGUUCGAGCUCAUUCCAAUUUGAUUUAAUAAUCUUGUUCUUUUUCUAGUUGAUAAAACUUUACAACACUGGCAUCACUUUUUUUUAAAUAAAAACUGUCUGUGAAAAGUUUUCAAUGGCACUACAUAUGUCACUUUGCUGUCACUUUUAUUUCUAUUCAUAUCUUAAUCGAAAUACGUGGAUAAAAUAACAUUCGUUUUUUUGAAUUAGAAAUUCGAAGGCUUUAAAAUGUUCUCAAUCAGAAAAAAAGACCUGUAUCCUUUUUUACUCAAAAAAAACUUAAAAAUUAUUAAAGGAUCGACCUCAUUCCAAUUUGAUUUAAUAAUCUUGUUCUUUUUCUAGUUGAUAAAACUUUACAACACUGGCAUCACUUUUUUUAAAUUAAAAUUGUUUAGGAAAAGUUUUUAAUGGCACUACAUAUGUCACUUUUCUGUCACUUUUAUUUCUAAUCAUAUCCUAAUCAAACUACGUGGAUAAAAACAAAAAAAAAAGAAUUUUUUGUUAAUAAUUUAAUAAGUAAUCCAGUAAUUAAUGGAAAAUUGACAGGUGUGAUUAAUAGAAUCUGACAGGUGUGAAAAGAUCAAGUGUAAAUUUCCACAAAAGAAGGCAUUUUGAGUUUUAUUUUAUUUCUUUUACUUGACUUCAACUUGAUCAGCAAAUUAAAAAAUAAAUGGAAAAUUGACAGAUGUCAUUUUAUGGAAUCUUACAUGGCGUUUUUCUUUUUUAGGUCAGAGCUGAGCACUGAGCAGAGUCUGAGCAAACAGAGUAGAGUAGGUAGAGUUCGGAGCACAGUAUGCUCAGAGUUCUCGGCUUUAAUUAUGAAAUAACUUGAGCACUAAACUGUCAUGGUUUGAAAUGUCGUCUGUUUGAAGGCGUUCAAAAUUUUCUUCCAUCAAAUUAAUUAAAUAAACAGUCAUAGCGUUGGUAUAUUUGACGCCUGAAAUAAGUUUGAUUCAUAAAAAUGCUAUAUGCAAUUAGUUUUUUCUAGAUUAUCAUUCCUUCUGCUCUUAGCGAGCAGCCUCUUCCACCAUUUUAUUGUUUUGACGAUGAUUGUUUUUAAUUCCCAGGCUUUCAAACAUCAAAUUGUUUGUGUUCAGCAUUUUACUCCGUUUACUCUGUUAUUUCAUUCUGAGCUCACAGAGCGCGCUCUGGACAUGUUCAGAACUAAAAAAGAAACACGAAUUUGAAGAUCUGAACGAUCAGAGCUCAAAAAGAAACACAAUUAUUUUUUGACAGUUCGAGCUCUGCUCUGAACUAAAAAAGAAAAAUGCCAACAGAUGCAGAGAGAUUGAGUGACAUCUUCCACAAAGUAGACAUUUUGAUUUUUAAUCUAUUUUUUCAAAUUGACCUCAACUUGGUCUGCAAAUUAAAAUAUUUACGAAAAAAAUGACAGAUGCCAUUUUAUGAAAACUGAUAGAUUAGAACAUGUGUCACUUUUCACAAAGUAGACAAAAAGACUUUCAAUGUAAGUCUUCAAAUUACAUUUCCCUUAAAAGGUCUUUCGUUGCGAGGUUUUGAAAAUAUUCAAAGAAUUCACAGAAAAAAGCCGUUGUAUUUCUGGUCAAUCAGAGUUUUUGAAACCCAUUUUUUCAUUACAUACCACAGAAAUGUCUUUCUUUCAUAUAACAUAAUUUAUUAUUCAUCCUUAUAUCAUCUGUAAUUUUUUUUUUUUAAUUUAAACAAAAUUACAUAUAUUUUACUUUUUAAGUCAUAGCAAUUACCAAAGCUGUCCUUAUAAUAUACAUAUAUUAUUUUUUUGUAUAGUUUUAAUUUAUAACUUUAAAAUAUUUAAUACCAAAGGCAUGAUUUAAAUUUAAUCCAAAGUUUUCAUUGAAAUAUUAUCUUAUCUUAUUUUUUAAUUAUAAGUACAUAAUAUAUCUUUUUACAAACAAAAAUUAUUGGAUCUUAAAAUUUAUUUUCAUUCCUUAUUUAUUUAUGGUAAAUUAAUAAUUAAAUUUUUCAAUUUUAAGUAAUUUAAAUGAAAAUUUAUUUAUAUAUUAUAUAUUCCGUCCAAGAGAUAUAAGAAAAUAAAAAAAAGCAAACAAAAAUUGUUUAAAUCAUUUCCCUAGUUAAUAAUGAAUUAGAAUACAAAGUUUAUUAUCAAAUAUUUAUAUGCAUUGCAGAGGAUCUUUGGUUUGAUUUUAAUCAUGUUUAUUUUUUUUUUGAAAAAUUAAUUAUUUGAAAAUCAUUCAACAAAGCUAUAAGAUCUCCUAAUUUCAACAAAAUAAAAUACUAAUGCAUAUCAUUCAAUGCGCCUUUUUUAUUUCUUUUUUUUAGAAAUUAAGUGUAAAAAUAAAAUAUAUACAUAGAAAUAAAUAUAGUUAAGAGUAAUGUCCGUGUAAGCAAUCUCUACUCUAGAUAUAAUAUUGACAAGUCGUAAUUUAGGAGUCGAAAGCUUUGUUAGAAUGUUCGUUCAAAAUUAUUGUUUCGAAAAUAUCUUUUGAUGUGUUUUGAACACACAAAAUAUCAAAAACUUAAUACCUAUGACAUUAAAAUAUGUUUUGGUUUAUUAAAAGAUUCUAUUUACAAAAAAAUCAAAAUUUCCCUAAAAAGCUGCAAUGCAUAAGUAUUGAACUCAUAAAAAGUAGUAUUUCAAAUCAUACAGACCUUUGUUGUUUGAAAAAAAAACUUUCGACAUAGACAUGAAAGUUAAAAUGUUGCGUGUGAACGAACCUUUAACUACAUUAAAUGGAAAAAUACUUUACUUUAAAAACACAGACAGAAAGCAUUAAAAGACAAAACUUAGUUGUUAAACAAAAAAUAUAAAACUACAAAAUUUGUACAUUAAAUUAGAAACAAAUUUAAAAAUAACACAAAAAUUAAACAUAAAAUAUAUGCUGGAAUAAAAUUAUACAAAAUUAAUAUAAUAAACAGCAUUUAAUAUGGGAACAUUCAUAAAAUCUUAACAUAUCAAAUUUUCAAAAUAAAUGAAAAUAAAAACGGAAAUUCAAAAAUAAAAUAUCUUUGAAAUAGUUUUUUUUUUUUUUAAAUAUAUGAAAUGAAAACAUAGCGAAGCAAAAAACCAAAUAUAAUUUAGUUCUAGACAAAUUAUUAAAUAAACAGAAUGGUUACAUUGAAAAAAGACAAAAAUAAAUUAAAGAAUAUACAUAAAUUAACAACAAAAAUAGGGAAAUAAAUUUAAUAGCUUAACCAUUUACAAGAAAGAAAAAAAUUAACAAAAAAUAAAAACAAACAUGAUAUUUAUUAAUUUAAUUUUUAUUUUUCAAUUUAAUCUACAUGAUUAUUUUUUAUAGUAUUUAUAUUUACAUAGUUUUUUUUUUGUAAUAAGAAUAACAAUUUAAAAAAAAAUAAUAUUUUCUUGUUUUGUUAAUAAUUUUAUUUUAAUUUUUAUUGAACAAAAAUAAUGUAAUUAAUCUUAUACUAAUUAAAUGGAAUUUUUUAAAUUCGUUCGUAUUGAAUUUUACCUCUAGAUUUUAUGUUAUUUAAUUUAAAAUUGUUUUAUUUUAUUUUUUUUGUGGUAGUAUAUAAUAACUUUAUCAUAAAUUAAUAAAAUUUUCUUCUUUAAAUAAAUAGUUUUGUAUUUUAUUUUCAUUUCAAUUGAUUUUUGUUUUCUUUGCUUAAAUUGUUCCUUGCCACUUGUAAUUCAAGGAAUAGUUGGAGGACAAUGCAUGUUUUUGUCUUAUUUAAACAAAUUAUUCAAAGUCCGAUUUUAUUUAAAAGGUUUUUUUAGAUUAUUGCUCGAGAUCCAGUGAUUAUGAAUACUCUUAUAAUGAGUGAUAGUAUAUGACAGAGAAUCAGUUAAAUUACAUGCUAUUGAACUCGCUUCUAAGUAGCGAGUCAGUAGAAGGCUAGUUUAUAAACUGAUAACUUCUUGUCAAUUGACUUUAAGAACGUUGCCAUGCUUAGGGCGUUCGCCGUUCAUGUAAUGUCAGAAAUUCAGUAAUUUUAUUCAAUCGAUUUCGGUCGAUUUAAUGAUAAUGAACUAAUGCCUCAUAAGCCCUUUAUUAGCAUGAUUAAAACUUUUAACAAGAUUGAUUUUUUGUCAAUAAAUAAAAGUUAGCACUAAAAAUCAUUCACGUUUGAUAAAAAGGCUAAAAAUUUCGACUGUCAAUUCUACGAAGCUAUUAGCUUCAAACUCAACUCUACUUCCUCAGAUAUCAUAGAUCCAAGCUGGUUAACUAACAAUCAAGGCUUUGAUCUUUUAUUCAUGGGGAAUUGAAUGAUUUUUAAAAACUUGUAAUACAAUCUAUAUUGACAAGCCUAGAGGUUUGGCUAUUAAAUUCACACAAACAUUUAUAUGAACACAUUUAUAUCUUCUGUCAUCUACAUAAAUUUCAUUUAUACGAGUUUAAAAUUGGAAUAAAUAAUUACUAGAAGAUUAUGGUACAUUACCAAAUACAAACUAAACUUAGUAAUGCUAUUAACCACCCACAAGGAACAAAUAUUGAACUACAGUUGUUAAACUAACCUUUAGUGAUCGAUCUUGUGGUCAUACAUACGGAAUGACACAGUUAAGGGCUUUUCACACGACCAAUGACACUUGCCAAUUGUACUUAAACGAGUCUCGAUUCAUUUAAUAUUGAUUGUUCGUAGGACUAUCAAUCUUACCCACAAUUUAAAUUGACACAUUGCUGAGAAUAAAACACAUUUUUCAGUUUCUUCAUUUCAACUUGACAGAACUAUGAUAGUUUGAUGGGUACAUAAAUGUUCAUGUCUUAUUUGUAUCAGAAAUGGAACAGAAUCUAUCCUAAUAUUUGUCAGGCUGGUAAAAGAAUGCAAUCUUUUGGGAAUGCAAUCUUUUAUGACUUCAAUUUCACCUAAAGAUUGGGACUUCAAAUUUUGCAGUCACCAAUCCUUUGAACUUAAUAUGCAAUCAUUAGACUGCAAUCAAUUGAUUGCAUUCAUUUGAGAUUUCAUGCAUUCUUUGCAUUCACUUGAAUUCCUUGCAUUCUUUUGAAGUCUUUUCAUUCGCUUGAAGUCUUUGCAUUCACUUGAAGUCUUCGAAUUCUAAAGUGAAAUUUCAAUACACAAAAUAUUAUAAGGUGAUCCAUACACCUCGCACACUAAUUUCGAGUGUCAGACACGAAAAGAUUGAAAUCAAAAUUUCAGAGUGCGAACAAUGCAAAGACUUCAAGUGAAUGCAAGGACUUCAAGUAAAUGCAAAGAUUGUAUAAAGUCUCAAAUAAUUACCAUUAAUUGAUUGCAUUCAAAUGAUUGAAGAAAUAACGUUAACAGUCCUUUUAAGAUUGAAUGAUUAGAUAUUGUUAAAUUUGAAUUCCCCACCUUAAAGUUCAUUAAAUGAAUGCAAUCUUUACAUUGAAAACAUCACAUUCCCUAAAGGUUUUUCAAGUCUGAUGUAAAUCUUGAUUGACUAAUUACAGAAUCUUGAUUUUAGGCCAAGGAUAACCAUCAUCUUUUACCAAAAGCAACACAAAAGAUUAUACAUACCUUCUUAGACAUUCUUCAUUUUUUGAACUUUAGUUGAAUAACCGAUGAGUUAAGUUAGUAUGAAAUAAUGUUUGGUUUUAUCUCAGGACUUUAUUUAAUUUAUUUGUUGUAUGAGAAUUUUGUAUAUUUUGUUUUUAAUUUAAAACUAAAAUUUUAAACAUAAUUUUUUAUAUAUAAAACCAAGAAACGAAUUUUAAAUUAGAAAUACCAAAAGAAAAAUAUGAAUUAAAAGUAAAUAUGCGUAAACUCUUUAAAAAAAUAUCUUAAAACCCCUAUUUCAGAUGAGAAUAAAUUUAAGUUAUUUACUAAUAAACAAAAAAAGUAAAAAAUGUAAAAUGAAUUUGCAUGUUAAAUGUAAGUAGUGCAAUUGAAUAUAAUAUGAAAUAAAACAAAUAUUAAAAAUAAUCUUACUACUAAAACUUAUCUUAUCUACAAAUUAAAAAAGGUAAACAAAUAAAUAUUUUAUAACCAAGAUAAUUGGAGAAAUUAAAAUAAGAGAGAAAAAUUAGGAGUAGGAACAAUUUAAAAAAUAAAAAAAAAACAAUUAAGUAUAAAAAAGGUGAAGAAAAAAUUCAAAACAUAUCAAACUCGUGCCCGAUUUAACUUAUAACGAAAACAAAAAAAAAUAUAAAUCAUAUUAUAAAAAAAAAACAAACAAAAAUAUUUAAACAACUGAUAUUUAAAAGUAAAAGUAACAACUUAAUGAAACAUUAUUUAACAAAAAAUCUUUUAAAAACUUAAAUUAAAAUCAUAUUUACAAAAAAGUAUAAAAUUAUAUUAACAAAAAAAAAAUAUAUUUAUAUUUUAAACAAAUUUUUUGUUUUAUAAUAUUAUUUAUACAUACAGAAACAAAAAAUACCUUUAUAUACUAAUUUCAAUAUAAUGGUGAAAAUAAACUUACAUUAAAACAUUUGAACAUCAAAAAACAAAAAACAAAAACAACAAUGAUUAAAUUCAAAUGGAAAAUAUAAUAACUAAACAAACAAAAUAUUGUAUUUUAGCCUUGUUCUUACAUAAAAAGUAAUAAUUAAUUAAUUAUUACAGAAACAAAAUAAAAAUGAAAAACAAAAAUAUUAUUAAAAAAUAUCUUACAUACAUAAAAAUAAAAAUGGAAAUAUACAUUUAUUAAUCGGAAAUACUCUUUUAGGCAGAUCAGAUUUUUAAUUAAAGGGGAAACAAACAAAAAACAAAAACAAAAAUAAAGCAAUUUUUUUCCCUUAGACAAAUAGUAAUAACGACCAGUCUUUGAAAUGCUAUUAUUUACCAAGUUUUUUAUAAAAUGUGAAUUAUAUAAAAAAAAAGCAACAACUGAUUUAAUCCAACAAAUUUGAAUUAAAAGGAAAUAAUAAUUAUUGUAAUAACAGCAACAAUAAUACAACAGAAAUUGAAAUAUUUGUUGUACGAAAGAGAGAUAUGACGUUGAUAUCAAAGAUAAAUUAAAAAAAAAAGAAUAAAUUAAAUAAAAUUAAUUAUUAUAAUUAUUAUAUAAAAACAAAAAAAUAAGAAAUGAUUAAAUAAAUGAAAUUUUAAAAUUGUUUUGUGUAAUUGUACAUAA